AUAACGCCUCCAUCAUCUAAUGACCACGAACAAGUAGCAUUCUACGCCUACAUGUCGUCAUCAAUGACUAACAUCGGUGGACACCACCCGCUGGUCUUUGACGUCGUCAAAACCAAUGUUGGUAACGCAUUCCACCAAAGUACGGGUGCCUUCAUUGUUCCUCAAACAGGACUCUAUGUCUUCACAUGGUCUGUGAGGAUAACUGGCGGUACUUAUCACAGCGUGGAUCUAGUUGUCAAUGGAAAAGAGGAAGGGGCGGUCUACCAAAUUUCUGAAGGUAAUGAAGACGACCAGGGCGGCAGCACUAUCGUUAUUCUGGCCAAUGAACAGGACGAUGUUUUUCUGAGGACAAACAUGGAUUAUAACAAAGGUCCUCUCGUUAGCAACUCGUACGGAUAUACAUCAUUUGCUGGAUGGAAAUUAAACUAAAAACCUAAUUUUAAUAAAUUCAGGAUUGUAGUCCUAUAAAAACUACAA